GCGCCUGCGUAGGCUGCGGCAAAGCUAAGCACUGAGAGGGUCGCUGUCAUUGCUCACUGCUGUUUGUAUGGAAAGAUCACUCCUCUCACCAGCUCUCACUCCCGAUCCCGGGUCUCCGGCUUAGGACUUGGGCCGAGGCUCCAGCAUUCCUACCAUCCUCUCUCUGACAGAUUGCUGACCUCCCCGUUCCUGCUCCUGGCUCCUGAAACCAUGUCUCUGGUAAGCCAGAAUGUGCGCCGCGGCAGCGCAGAGACCGCUGCAGAUUACAGCGACUGCCAGGGUGAGAUGCAGGCUAGUAACGCCUCCGGGGCCCCGACCUCCAUGCUAGUUCCCCAGGCUCUCCAGGGCCCUCAUACGCCAAUCAACCCUCAGGGUGCCAGCGCUUCCCAGGCUGCGCAGGACCCGAACGACCUCGAGGUCCUAAUCGAAGAGCAGUCCCAACGUUUGGGGGCGCUCAGGGUCCACGACCCUCUGGAAGACAGGUCGAUUGCUUUGGUGAAUUUCAUGCGAAUGAAAAGCCAAACCGAAGGUUCUAUCCAGCAGGCAGAGAUGCUGGAGUUCCUCAGAGAAUACUCAGAUCAGUUCCCUGAGAUCCUCAGACGAGCCUCAGCCCACCUGGACCAGGUCUUUGGGUUGAACCUGAGGGUUCUUGAUCCCCAGGCUGACAUUUACAACCUAAUCAGCAAACGGGGUGUCCAGACCACUGAUCGGAUAGCAGAAUCCCUGGAUGUGCCAAAGGCAGGUCUCCUGGCCUUGGUCCUAGGCCACAUCCUCCUGAAUGGUAACCGGGCAAGAGAAGCAUCCAUUUGGGACCUGCUGUUAAAGGUUGAUUUGUUGGGUGAUCCCCAGAGGAUCAACAACCUUUUUGGGAAUACAAGGAACCUGCUCAUUACUGACUUUGUGCGCAUGCGGUUCUUGGAGUACUGGCCAGUGUAUGGCACUAAUCCCCUUGAAUUUGAGUUCUUGUGGGGCUCUAGAGCCCACAGGGAAAUCACAAAGAUGGAAGCCCUGAAGUUUGUGGCAGAGGCCCAUGAUGAAGAACCCUGGAGCUGGCCUGAAGAAUAUAACAAGGCCCUAGAAGCUGACAAAGCCAAAGAAAGAAGACAGGCUGCUGGCUUGGAAUUCUGGUCAGAGGACACUAUGAAUGAUAAGGCCAAUGAUUUGGUCCAGUUGGCCAUUAAUGUCACUGAGGAGUUGCUGCCUAUACAUCAGGAUGAGCUACUGGCUCACACUGGCAAAGAAUUUGAGGAAGUGUUCCCAAAUAUCCUCAGUCGAGCUACUCUAAUCCUUGAUCUGUUCUAUGGGUUCUCUCUGAUUGAGGUUGAUACCAGUGAGCACAUAUACCUCCUUGUCCAGCAACCGGAAUCAGAAGAAGAGCAAAUGAUGUUAGACAGCCUGGGAAGACCCCCUCAAGAAUAUGCGAUGCCAAUUUUGGGUUUGAUCUUCCUGAUGGGCAACCGUGUCAAAGAGGCCAACAUCUGGAACAUGCUUCGAAGAUUUGGUGUGGAUGUAGGAAGAAAGCAUGCCAUCACCUGCAAGCUUAUGAGACAGCGCUACUUGGAAUGCAGGCCACUGUCCUACUCUAAUCCAGUUGAAUAUGAGCUUCUGUGGGGUCCUCGUGCUCACCUUGAAACCACCAAAAUGAAAGCCUUGGAGUAUAUGGCCAGGCUCUACAGAAAGCAACCACAAGACUGGCCAGAGCAAUAUAGGGAGGCUGUUGAAGAUGAGGAAGCCAGAGCCAGAUCUGAGGCAACUGCCAUGUUCUUUUUUGGCUCCAUGUGAAAUCUGGGGAAAUGUAUCACUUUAGUUGUGUGGCAUCAGUUAAAGAGGCCCUGGGAAAAAGGGCACUGGGGCCCCAAAUCAGAAGUCAGUCGGGGCUGGGGUGGAAAGUACACAUUGUGCUUGCUAUUGUGUCCUAUUCCUAAUGGUACUUCUUUCCUUCCUUAUAAUGUACCCUUGAAUUAGGUUCAUGAUCAAUGUUUAUAAAUAAAAUUGCUCAUUUACCAUCCCUGUCUUAUUUUAAUGUAAAAGCUCAGAUAGUUGUGUAAAAUGUAUUGGUAAUAUUUACAUCUUUCUAUGAUGUGGAGAAUAUAAAGUUGUUCUUUAACUGUUUGAAAUACUUAGUAAAAUGGUGUGGUGCAAAAGUUAAGCAACAAUAGUAACAACACACACAACAAAAACAAACACAAAAUCACUUAUCUGUGGAUGCCUUGUUUGUGUCUGUUCUUGUGUAAGGAAAAAAAAAAGCUGGCAUUUACCUGUAUUUGCUUUGCUGUUCCAAAAUGUAGUGAAAAAUAAAAUUAUAAUGAAUUAGA